AUGGUUACCAUCACGAGCUUUAUUUCUCGUGAUGUGAGAUUUCCGAAGACAUCAUUAGAUCAGACAGGGUCGGAUGGCAUGAACACCAAUCCAAACUACUCGGCUGCCUACUGCAUUUUGCAUACAGACACCGAACAUUCGGGUCAUGGACUGACGUUCACGAUUGGUCGAGGCAAUGAGUUAGUUUGCGCCGCCAUUGAUGCAAUAGCUGCCAUGCUUGUCGGAAAGAAUCUGCAGGAAAUCACAGCUGAUUGGGGUCGAACUUGGAGGCAAUUAACGUCCGAUUCUCAACUGCGUUGGGUUGGCCCAGAGAAAGGCGUUAUCCACAUGGCACUUGGUGCAGUUGUCAACGCAGCCUGGGACCUCUGGGCCAAAUAUCUGGGAAAGCCAUUAUGGAAGGUUGUGGCAGACAUGAGCCCUGAAGAAGUCGUACGCUGCAUCGACUUUCGAUAUAUUACGGACGCGCUGACCCCAGAGGAAGCAAUUCGGCUCUUGAAGGAUGUAGAGAGUGGAAAGGCAGAGCGAAUAGCCGAAGCGGAGCGAAACCAGGCAGUUCCUGCGUACACAACUAGCGCAGGCUGGUUGGGUUAUAGUGAAAAUAAAAUGAAGGAGUUGUUACGGGACUCACUCAAGCAAGGGUUUAAGUAUUUCAAACUGAAGGUCGGAGCCAAUAUCGACGAAGAUCGGAGGAGAUUGACCAUUGCAAGAGAGAUCAUUGGCUAUGACAAGGGUAAUACACUCAUGAUCGACGCAAAUCAGGUCUGGUCUGUUCCAGAGGCUGCUGAAUACAUGGAUUCUCUUGUCGAGUUUCGACCGUGGUUUAUUGAGGAGCCAACAUCUCCGGAUGACAUUCUCGGUCAUGCCACCAUUAGAAAGUCAUUAAAUGGGAGGGUUGGAGUUGCAACUGGGGAAAUGGUCCAGAAUCGAAUCAUGUUCAAGCAACUUCUGCAAGCAGGUGCGGUAGACGUUCUCCAACCAGACGCCUGUCGAGUUGGAGGUGUCAAUGAAGUCCUUGCAAUCCUCCUCUUGGCUCGCAAAUUCAGAGUGCCGAUCGUUCCUCAUUCUGGUGGCGUAGGUCUUCCGGAGUAUACCCAACAUUUAAGCACCAUCGACUUUGUUGUUAUCAGUGGAAAAAAGAGCAUCCUUGAAUAUGUCGAUCAUCUCCAUGAACAUUUCCUGACCCCAGCGAGAAUAGAGCAGGGGUUUUACGUCACCCCGAUGGAACCUGGAUAUAGUGUACAAAUGAGGCCGGAGAUUAUUGACAAAUAUUUAUUCCCUGGAGCGGAGGGGCUUAGCUGGUGGACUUCGCAAGCAGGAAGAGACGCGAUAGAAGCGAGUAAACCGUGGUAA